UCAUUUUUUCUUUAUACGUCAAAAUGAUAAAGUGAAAAAAGUUAGUAUUAACAUGAUAAUAACAUACACUGAUAUUAUAUUGCUUAAGGACCAAGGUUGAAAAUUAAAAAUAAUAAAUGGAGUAGUAAUAAAUAAGGAAACUGGAAACCGGAGAUAAUUGAAGUUGUAACCGGAAAAUGAGCUGACGGAGCUCCGUUUGGAUCCGAUUCAAAUUCCUCCACACCACACCAGUAAUCGACUCGCCGGAGAAAAAUGCAGAAGUGGUUUUCAGCCGGCAGCACCGGCGGCGGUGAUCUAUAUGUUGAGCAAUCACAAGCUUCUUCUUCAUCUUCAACUCCUUCUUUGUUAGCUGAUUGGAAUUCAUACGCAUCGGCGAAAUCAUCGGAAGAGAGUUCCACUGCGUUUAUCGGUAGCUUCGAUCUCGAAUCCGCUGUUCGUUCUGCUAACGACACCGUUUCCGGCACUUUUAAUGUGGUUUCUAAAGGAGUGAGAGACAUUCCAGGGAACUUGCAGUCUGCCACUAGCAACAUUCCUUCUGGGAAAGCACUCAUGUAUUUUGGCCUAUUCAUGGCGACCGGAGUCUUCUUCAUUUUCAUGGCAUUCACUUUAUUCCUUCCAGUGAUAGUAUUGGUCCCUCAGAAAUUUGCCAUUUGCUUUACUCUUGGGUGUUCCUUUAUCAUCGGGUCAUUCUUCGCACUCAGGGGUCCGAAGAAUCAGUUUGCUCAUAUGUUUUCCAAGGAGAGACUUCCUUUUACGCUAGGAUUCAUGGGUAGCAUGAUUGGCACACUCUACGUUUCCAUGGCACUUCAUAGCUAUAUCCUUUCGGUGCUCUUCUCGGUGCUCCAGGUAAUGGCAUUAGCAUAUUACGCAAUAUCUUACUUUCCCGGUGGAUCUGCUGGCUUGAAAUUUCUCUCGUCUUCUUUGAUCUCUUCAGUGAUGAAAUGCUUUGGUAGGUGAAGUCUUGUAAUGCAUGUGUAAAAUUUCAGCAGUUUUUUUCGCUUAUUUCUAUAUGAUUGUUCAAUAGUAUACAUUCUAUAGUUUCUCCUUUGAAGUGAAGCGAUGAUGGACAGUUUUGACAAAUUUAGUUCAAUCUCUCCUUUAAAGCCUCACCACAUUUGUGCCACAUGCACUACUCAGUUUCUAUAGUUUGUAUUCUAUGACAACAAUUUAUAUACAAGAAUCCUGAAUUGUCCU